CAUAGUAUUUAUCAAUUCAUUAAAUUAAAUAGCAUAAAGUUAAGUCUCCAAAAGUUCUCUUCCUCUUCUCACUACUAUCAAGUCUUCAUCGUCUCUUAUUGUCUCGCCCUCCCCUUCUCCCCCCUCUCAGAGUCUGUGACUAUCAUCAGAUCCGCCGAGCCUUUCUUUCCCUGGAAUCUAAACCAAAGAACCUCUUGAUCGAUCGAUUUCGCAAACCCUAGCUUUCGUUGAUCUGAGAUCUAGCCCUAAUCCACCAUGGCGUCGUCACCUGGUAACACAAACCCUAACAAUCCUCCACCGUUCGAUAUCAUCGGUAUACUCUUCAAACCCUCAUCGAGCCCUUUCCCGACGCCGCCGGCGUCUUACCCUCCCCCCGCAGGUCCGUUCCUUCACAACCAGUACAAUCAUCAUCAGCAGCAGCCCUACGCUCCUCCUCCUCCGCCGCAACAACAACAGCAAGAGGUCGUGCCUUCCUCCGCGACUAACCUCCACCAACAGAGAUCACUCCCUUUCCCCUCGCCGCCUCUUAAUCUCCAGUCGCCGCGCACCAAUCACAACCCCGGAACGCACAUCCUGGCUCUCCUCAACAAUAAUAGCAACGGCGGUGGAGGCGGCGCCGUAGAUCCGCCGAAUCAGCUGAAUCAGAACGAGAUCCGGUCGUUUCCUUCGGGUCCUCUUCGUGUCCCGAGCUGUAAGCUUCCCAGGGGGAGGCGGUUGAGCGGGGAGCACGCGGCGUACGAUGUUGACGUGAGGUUACACGGCGAGAUUCAGCCGCAGCUAGAGGUGACUCCGAUUACUAAAUACGGGUCGGAUCCUCAGCUGGUAGUGGGUCGCCAGAUCGCUGUGAACAAGAUCUACAUUUGCUAUGGAUUGAAAGGAGGAAACAUUCGUGUUCUUAAUAUUAACACCGCUUUAAGAGCUUUGUUCCGAGGCCAUUCUCAGAGAGUGACAGAUAUGGCCUUCUUUGCUCAAGAUGUUCAUCUCUUGGCUAGCGUAAGCUUGGAUGGGAAGGUUUUCGUGUGGAAGAUAUCUGAAGGGUCUGAGGGAGAUGAUGAUCCCCAGAUAACUGGAAAGAUUGCUCUUGCUCUUCAGAUACUUGGUCAUGAAGACACCAAGCAUCCACGUGUUUGUUGGCAUUCCCAUAAACAGGAAAUUUUGGUGGUUUCAAUUGGUAAACACGUUCUCCUGAUCGAUACUACUAAAGUUGGCAGAGGUGAAGUCUUCUCGGCUGAGGCUCCUAUUCAGUGCCACCUUGAUAAAUUGAUUGACGGUGUUAAGAUUGUUGGCAAGCACGAUGGUGAGGUUACAGAUUUAUCCAUGUGCCAAUGGAUGAUCACACGCCUUGUUUCCUCUUCCGUUGAUGGCACGGUUAAGAUAUGGCAAGAUUUCAAGGCACAACCAGUUGCAGUUCUGAAACCUCAUGAUGGCCAUCCGGUCAAUUCGGCAACAUUUGUGACAUCCCCUGAGAGAUCUGAUCACGUCAUACUCGUCACUGGGGGUCCUCUUAAUCGAGAGAUGAAGAUUUGGAUCCCAUCUGGAGAAGAAGGGUGGCUCCUACCAGCUGAUUCUGAGUCAUGGAAUUGCACUCAGAAACUGGAUUUGAAAAGUUCAAUUGAGCCACGAGUGGAGGAGGCGUUUUUCAACCAAGUCAUAGCGUUAUCUGAAGCAGGCCUCCUCUUGCUUGCAAAUGCGAAAAGGAACGCCAUAUAUGCUGUGCAUUUGGACUAUGGCUCAUCUCCAGCUGAUACAAGGAUGGACUACUUGUCUGAGUUUACAGUCACUAUGCCGAUAUUGAGUUUUGUUGGGACAAAUGAUCCUCCAGAAGAACCUAUGGUUAAGGUUUAUUGUGUGCAGACGCAAGCAAUCCAGCAGUAUACAUUAGACUUAUGCUUGUGCUUGCCUCCUCCUACAGAGGAGAAUGUGGGUUUGGAGAAGUCAGAUUCUAGUGUUUCGCGGGAGGCAAAUCUGGUUGAAGGCAUGUCAAAAUCAUCUGGAAUGAAGCUUACAGAUUUACCUUCAGUUGAUUCAGUUCCUAAGCCAUCUAUUUUAGUGAAUAGAUCGAAAGGUGCUAUUACUUCGAGUUAUCCGGCUGGUUCUGCACCUGGGGAGACGUCAGCACCGGUAACUGUUCCAUCCAGCGGUGAGCCUAGAACUUCUGGGCUGCUUUCUGACACCAGUGCUACUGGGUCGGAAUAUGCUACUUCACCUCAGAUUCCUCCAAGUCCCAGACUAUCAAGUAAACUUUCUGGCUAUCAGACUCCUGUAGAUGUUAUUGAGCCAAUACUACCACCUCAUCAACUCGGUGGCCAAGGACCUUCUGAAUAUUCUGUUGCUGUUGGAGAAAAAAAUUUGGAAGAAAGCUCAAGAAGCAAGGACAAAGAUGUUACACCUGAUGAUGAUGUGUCUGGGAUGCGAAGCCCACAAGCUUUCUUCAAGCACCCUACUCAUCUUGUAACUCCUUCGGAGUUUUUGAUGCGCAUGUCGUCCACUGAAGGCUCCAUUACUACUGAAGAGAAAAGGGAUAGGGAUGCAAAUAUUCAGGAUGUGAAUAUUGAUUCAAGAGACACAGAAGUUGAGGUAAAAGAAGUAGGUGAAUCAAGUUCGACGCAGAAUGGGGAAAUCAAUUACAAUGACGAAACUGAGCAUCGCACUUCAGUGAAUAAAGAAAAAAUCUUUUACUCACAGACUUCGAAUCUUAGCACUGAAAUGGCAAGAGACUGUUAUCCAAGUACAGAGCCUGAUGAAUCUAAUGCUUAUGAACAAUCUGUACUAGCUGGGGAUAAUCUUGACUCGAGAGAUGUGUCUGGAAAGCUUCUUGAAUCGGUUUCAUCUAUUGGGCUUCCACAGUCAGCCGCUACAAAUAGCAAAGGGAAGAAACAGAAGACCAAAACCUCACAGAAUCCCGGAUUGUCAUCUACAUCCUCAAAUGUUGCUAAUCUGGCUGAUACCUACAAUGAGCAAACUCAGAGCUCAAGCCAACCUAUCUUAGCUUUCCAAGAAACAAUGAAUCAGAUAAUGGUUUCACAGAAGGAAAUGUCGAGACAACUGUCCAAUGCUGUCAAUGGCUCUGUCGCUAAAGAAGGUAAAAGACUAGAAGUGGCUUUAGGGCAAAUGAUUGAGAGAUCGAGCAAGUCAAAUGCUGAUGCUCUAUUGGCCCGCUUACAAGAGGAGACCGUUAAGGGAAAGGCAAUGCGUGACAAUUCACAGCAAAUUGUGAACGCAAUAACGAACUUCGUGAGCAAAGAGUUAAACGCAUUUGAAAAAACGACAAAGAAGGAGCUUGCUACAAUUGUUCCAGCCAUAGCUCGUGCAUCAACAGCAGUUAUUGAGAAAACCGUAUCCUCUUCAAUCACGGAAUCCUUCCAGAGGGGACUUGGUGACAAAGCAGUCAAUCAGCUUGACAAAUCUGUUAAUUCAAAGCUGGAGGCAACCAUAACUAAGCAAAUUCUAACCCAGUUUCAGACAUCUGGCAGGCAAGCCCUCCAGGAAGCUCUUAGGUCGGGUCUUGAGGCCUCACUCAUACCUUCCUUCGAGAGGUCAUGCAAGACCAUGUUUGAGAAAGUGGACACGGCUUUCCAGAAAGGAAUGGCCGAGCACACAAACGCAGCACAACAACGGUUUGAAGCUGGACACUCCCAGCUUGCUCAUACUUUAAAGGAAACCAUUACUUCUGCCUCGUCAGUUACUCAAGCCUUGAGCCGUGAAUUAGCGGAGAGCCAAAGGAAUCACUUAGUUCUCGCAGCCGCUGGAGCAAAUUCUAGUGGAUCAAACACCUUGGUUUCUCAACGAAGUGGUGGACCUUUGGGUGCUCUUCUUGAAAAGGUUGAAGCAGACCCAAGAACAGAACUAUCCAGGUUGAUAUCUGAACGCAAAUACGAAGAAUCUUUUACUUCAGCUUUACAGAAAAGCGACGUCUCCAUAGUAUCAUGGCUUUGCUCACAGGUGGAUCUGCAUGGACUAUUGGCGAUGAAUCCGCUUCCUCUGAGCCAAGGCGUGCUUCUGUCAUUACUGCAGCAGCUAGCCUGCGACAUCAGCAAGGACACAUCCCGUAAGCUUGCGUGGAUGACUGAUGUGGUUGCAGCAAUUAACCCAUCAGACCCGAUGGUAGCGGCCCACGGUCGGCCAAUCUUUGAGCAAGUGUAUCAGAUUCUGCACCACCACCGUAGCGUACCAGGCAGCGACGUCUCUGCCACAAGACUUAUAAUGCAUGUGAUAAACUCCAUGCUUAUGGCCUGCAAAUGAUACAUUCUAGCUCUAUCAUAUCUUUGUUCUCUUUCGCCUUGUUCGUUGCUUAUAUAAAAAAAAAACAUAUGAACGCAACAAUCUCUACUCGCGUCUGUAUUCUACAUUUGUCAGAUUUCUUUUGGUCUUUGAAUUUUUGGUUUGAAUUUUGUAUUCUCCCUUUUACUAUCAUUUUUCUUUUUAAAUGUAAAAUCUGGUUGUUUCA